AGUGUUGGGCACAAGGCAAUAUUAACAAAAAUGACGUCUCUUGUAGCAGACUACCCCUCUUCUUCAGGCUCGGACUCGGACUCUGAAGCUGAUAUUCCAAUUAAUCGUCAAGAAAAAGAAAGUAAAACGCGACACAAUCUAUUGACCAGUCAAGAUACCUCAAGUUCUUCUGACUCUGACUCAAAUGCUUAUUCUUCUGACCGUUCCAGGAAGAGCAGUGUAAGGAAGUCUGUCAAGGCAGACAAAGACAAUGUUCCACUGCCAUUACCUCAAGGUUUCUCAUCAUCUGAGCCCCUUGGAGGAACGGGUAAUGCCAAGAACCUCCUUAGUUUGUCUGUCUUUGCCAAUCCUUUCGAGCAAGCCAGACAAGAUCAACUAUCUAUCCUUGAAAAGCAUGUCAAGAUGAAAGAACAAGAGAAGCCAGAUGGUGCUGCUGCUGCCAGAGGAAAUCAUAAAAUGUGCUACAAAUUCCAGAAGGGAAAUUGUAGGUUUGGAGACACUUGCAAGUUCUCUCAUGGAAGUGAUCAUAAACCUGUGUUACUUACUGGGGGAAACUCUGAAGCUUACCCUAGCGCUGCAAGUGGAGGACACAUGGGGGCUCCAUUCCAGGAUGACCUUUACGAUGAGGGACAAAGAGCAAAGGAGGAGGAAGAGACGAUAAGAAAGAGGAGGAAAGAUAGAGCCGGACUUAGUGAAGCCCUGGUCCCAUCAAAGAAAGCAAAGAGAAUAUAUGAUAGGCAGAGAACGCAAGAGAGACCAUGGACUGCAAAGAGAUAACUUAUGAAGAAGGAACUUUAAAUCAGCUAUUUGUACUACAUGUAUUUGGAAUAUUUCAGUAGCACACAAAUCUAAAGUAGUAUUCAUUCCAUUGCCUAUGGAGAACCGCAAGGACAUUUACUCUUAUUCAAAAUGAUAUGACGAAGUAUCAUUCUCCCUCUCAGCAGAUAUUGAGUAAGCAGUUAGGAACAGAGUUUCAUUGUCAUGUCCAAUACUUACGGUAUUACUAUUUCUUUGUAAGAGUCUGCAGAAGUUAGAUUUCCUAAUGAAUUGAGCAGUCAGAUAUUUUGUAUUUGAUUACAGCCAAAUUUUCUGAUGCAUACUACAUAAAAGUCAUGACAUGUUUCUUUGGUUAUUUGUACAUGAAUCUGCCUUGUUUGCUUUUUGACAAGUACAAGUAUUUAAACAGAAUUGUUAAUUGAUUUAGCAAGAAGUUACCACUGAAAUUAUCUGCACCACUUUAUUCUCAUUGCUUAAGCAGUGUGUACUGCUGAUAUAUUUAAACCUCUAAACCUUUAAAAAAAAUGGGUGUGCCAGGCCUUUGACUCACACAGCAAGGCCAAAAUAAAUGAAAUUCAAGUUUACAGCACCAAUGUACAAGGUGCUGUUGUUGCCAUUAAAAUUUCUCUCCCAUAGUUACUUACCAAGUGUUAUUGUAAUAGGAUUUGGUCCUCCUGAACUGCAUACUUAUCUUGAUUAUGUAAAAAAGGAAUUUACUAAACGGGUCAUAAUGGGUCUGAUUCCAUAAGUCAAAGACACUUUUUUAAAUUCAUGUAAAUAUAAAAUUAUGACCAUCUUAUAAAAUAUGAAACAAGAAAUAUAAUUACGAAUGUUUCUUAUCCUUUCCCCCUUUUUGCAAUAAAUGUACUAUAAGUAUAGAAAAACUUUUGUUUAUUACGCGCUUUAUAAAUAUUCUUUUAUUAUUAUUAUAAUAAAUUACUACAUACUUUGCCAGCUA